UUUACGUGCUAAGCCAAGAAAAUUAAAAAAGAUGGCAAUAAACAUGAGAAGAGAAACCUAAAGCUAAACCCUUCUGGGAACAGGCGGACUGCGACAACUAUAAAUUGAAAAACACUGAUGAGAAGUUUUUCUGUCUUCCUAAGACACUGAGAAGCUGACAUUGAGCGCAAACUAUCUUCCAGAAAAUGUCUCACAGACGUACUCACACCAACAGGCAAGAAGGCGACAGCCGAAGUAAUUUCCCCAAAACCCAAAAGAAAUUAAUCCCCAAAAGUCAAAAUCAAAACAAAAACCAAACCCCUAAUCCCACCACCUCCCUCUCGUCUUCCCUCAGGCAAUCUCUUCCCAAGCAACGAGAUGCUCCGCCAUCCGGCAGUCCCGCCGCACCCUCGGGCUCUGCCAGUAUCCGUGUUCGGAUGGGAGAAAACGGAGAUUGGGUACCUAACAGAGGGACUCCAUCAACUCACGAUGGCAAUUUCGUAAAUUAUUUGCCCCAAGAUGAGGCCGUGGCGGCCGGGCUUGGCGCCGAGGAGGGAGGAUUGGAUCCAGUUGAAUCGCAGAGAGUGGUUGAUCUCUUAAACAGAGAGUUGUCUCGCUUGCUCAAGCUCAGUCCCAGAGAAUUCUGGAAACAGGUGUCUGGAGACACUUCGUUGCAUAAAUUUCUGGACAGCUUCUUGCAAUUUAGGAGCAGGUGGUAUGAUUUUCCUCAUCGUGGUGUGAAAGGGAUCGUUGCUGGGGUUAUUGUAGGAGAGUUUGAAUUAAGCCGCCGUGUCCUCAUGGUGUUGUACAGAAUAUCUUCAAAUAGGGAUCCUGCUGCUCGAGCUGCUGAUAGUCUUAAUGCAAACGACCAUGCAGUCAUCUUGCAGGAGAAGAAGUUGCUCAACUUGCCGAAGUUGUUGGACAUUUGUGCUAUAUAUGGUCAUGAAAAUGAUGAUCUGACCAAAUUGCUGGUAAGCAUUCUUUUGUAGAAAGUGAUUGAAGACUUGAUGCUCUUUUCUAAUGGUUAAUGAAUUUAGAAUUCUUUCUACAUGUGUUGACCGUUUUAAGGCCUAUAGGUGAGCUGCUCUUAUGAAGCGUAUCUGCUUCAGUUUCUGCUGCAAGUAUCUGUGAUUAACUAAGAGACCAAAGAUCUCUUGCUGCCCUUGAAUCUUUUGCUUUCUAAGCUUCCAUUAUUGUCAAAAGAAGUUGUCUAAUGGUCACAUUGCAAGUCAUAAUUGCAAUUAAUAUUUGUCAGCCACCCUGCAGAAUCAGAGUCCAAGGUCAAUUAAUAAGGCUGAGAUAAAAAUUAUUUUCCACAGUUUCUAAAUUAAAUGGUCCACACAAAGCUAAAUUGUUAAUAGGCCUUGGACUUUUUUACCUUAACUACAAUCUAGGUAGAUCUUUCAAAUGUUCCACGUCUAUACCCUUUUAGGUCAUAGCAGUUUGUGUGCCUCAUAGUUGAUCAUUGUGGGAGAUAUCGUCUUAUGUCUCAUGUUGACUGGAGCUCUGCUCUUUUGCUGCUC